CCGUCAGGGGGACCGCCGUGGUGCUCGGCGCGGCCUCGGGAUGGGCUGAAGGAGGCGAAGCAGGGCCGCGAGAGGCAGGUGCCUGAGAGAACGCGGGCACGGCGAGGUUACGUGGUGCUGUGGCUCUGGGUUGCUGCUUGCCCUGUUGCACCAUGCAUUCCCUGGUAUUCCUCUGUGCACAGAAGGUUGUCUCCCACUACGCUAUCCUGCACGAUUCCUUGGGAUUCCUCCCGAAAGAGCUCUAUCCUGUCUUGUUCAAGGCAGCCUUCAUGGACAAGAGGACUCCGUCACUACAACAGUUAGUGCAGACUUGGCCAUUCCCAGUCCUCAGUUUUCAGAAGCUCUUGCGGAAGUGUCAGCAUUGCGAACGUGCCCUGAUCCGGGAGAAACCAAACAAAUUGUGCAUCCAGGCGGUUAUUUUGGGGUUGGUGACAUACCUGAUCAAGAUGCUUGAGGAUCGACGCUGCAUUAAGAGCAAGGGGCAGCGGCUGCAGAUUCUGGAUAUGACUGGCCUUCAGGAUGAAGGGCAGGGCCCUGAAAGCAUGAGCCUCUGGUCCAGAACAGUCACGCUGGCGAAGGCUUGCCUUGACAUCUCCAAGCAACAGAGCAAGUGUGUGAAACGGGCGUCCAAGAGGCGGAAAGGCCCCCACAACAACUCUGUGGCCCUGCCGGCCCCUCAGCCUGUGUCCGUGGACGUCUGGGUGGACCUUUUUGUGAACAGCACCUCCUACGGAGUCCUGAAGGAUGCUUUGCAGACCAACAGCAACAACGCGCUGCAGCUGAGGUGCCGGGACUUCCGGGCAGAGGAACUCUCCAUUGCCAGUACCGUGGGGCUCUUGGAGUUCCUGGACCCAACUGGGGUCCGUCAGGUGGACCUAAGGUUCAACAACCUCGGGCUGUCUGGCUUGAGAGUGGUCCUCCCGCACUUGGCCAAGUUCACAAAUCUGGCGAGCCUGAAGCUGCCCUACAGCAACAUUGACGUGAGGCGCCUCACGGUGGGCAUGGAAGGGAGCCUGCAGUACUUUGCCACCCAGCUCAGCCGCCUAACCCGCCUCAAGGAGCUGAACCUGGGCUCCUCCAGGCUUUCGGGCAAGCUAAGGCAGCUGCUAGGAGACUUGCAAAGCCCCUUAGAGAGCCUGGAGCUGGCCUUCUGUUACCUUCUGCCCAACGACUUCGCCUACCUGUCUCAGAGCCUCCACACACCUGCCCUGAAGAAGCUGGACCUCAGUGGGAACAACCUCUCGGACAGCCUCCUCCAGCCUUUCCAAGGCCUGCUGACCGAGGCGGCCUCCACGCUGCUCCACCUGGACAUCAUGGAGUGCCGCCUGAUGGACACCCACCUGAAUGUGCUCCUCCCCGCCCUGUGCCGCUGCUCCCGGCUCCGCUACCUGGGCGUGUUUGGCAACCCCAUCUCGGCCAAGGGGCUGAAGAACCUGCUCCACAGGGCGGUGGGCCUCUUGGACUUGAAGCUCGUCAUCUACCCCUACCCCGUGGACUGCUACGGCGAAGACUUGCCAUGGCCCCCCACCUCCUCCAACCUGCUCAAUGGCUCUGUGGAUGAGGAGAAGUUCGCGCGGGUCAGCAACGAACUCCAGCAGAUGCUGCUGAGUGCGAACAGGGCGGACACCAUCUGGACCACGAACCUUUGCCGCCACAAUAGCCUGGACUAUUUUAGCUUAUAGUCCUGCUGGCGUCCCUUCACUCUUGCCAAUAGACAUAGAAUGUGCCCCCUCCCUCGCCCCCGCCUCUCUUUCCCCUACUGCCACUUCUCUGCCCACGCUCCCUGUCCACAGUGUAGUGGGGCUGGCCUGGCGCUUCUAGACCCAAAGGUAUGCCUGGGGUAGCGUUGGAAGCCGUGGCUGUGCUCUUGGGCUGGCAUUUCAAAGAACCAGGCGAGAGACUACGCGAAGCCAUCAUAGCCCUAUUCCGAUCUUUCUCCUGCCUGGGAGUACCACAGAGCUGUCCCUUAGCGUUAAGGGACAGGUGGAUGGGACAGUCUUGUAUUUUAUUUUUAGUCAGCAGAAAGAGUCCUGCAGCGAUUGUGGAAGGGACAACAUGCAGGCGAGUAGCGAGAGAGGAGCACAUGGUGUAUUUGCACCUUGGUUAAAGACCAACGCCAGCACUGAAUGCCAGGUCAAAACAUAUAUCUCCCUCCCCCCCCCCGACUUUUUUUUAAUUAAAGCCCUUUCUAGUGCAUGCAGCAGUAUCUGGGAGUAGAUUUUGUUUUGUUUUGGGGAGGGUUUUUUUUUUUUACAUCUAUUUUGUAACCUCUUAUUUAGAACUUAACAGAGUGUGGGUAUCCUCUUUCCUGUGAGUUGCUGUGAGUGUCUGCGAUGAAGGCCAGUUGGACGCUUUAAAAGUUUAUAGCAUUUGGACUCUCCCUUGAAUGGACUAGGUGGAGCAAGCCCUCCUGCUUUUCCGGAAUCUGGGAGACCGAAUCCUAGGCAGGGCAAAAGGCAGGGAGGUGAGGCUGUAGACGUAACUUCGGACGUGAAAUAAAAGUUGAUUCAACUGGGA